GAGUUGGGAAAAUGGGAAGAGUCACGAUUGAAGGAGCUGUGUAAACGUAUGAAGCCAGCUUUCUACGGUGACCGAACUCUUGUUGUGCGGGAGGGUGAACCCAUCAGUGAAAUUCUCUUUGUGCUGCAAGGAAAGUUAUGGACAUACAGCUCCUCCAGGGCCCGCAUUGAUGAUAGCAAUGGCGAAAAUGUUCAUUUGGGAGAGGGCACUAUCAUCGGGAAAGAACUUGUCUGCUGGAUUCAAGCUCAGCCUCACUCAUUCACCCUCCCAAUCUCAAACAGAACCAUUCAAACGCUGAAGCAUGUGGAAGCCAUCGCCAUUACAGCCUAUGACUUGAAAGAUGUGUUCAUUAAUAAGCCAGAACCACUAGAAAUAAGCCCCAAAUCACUCCUGAAGAAGUGCAAUUUAUCCGGAUGUUUCCGUUCAUGUUUCAGGGAAAAGCUUUGAACGCUUACAGCUAUGGAGUGGGAAGUCGUCAUCACUUGGAUUCGACAUUGCACGGCAUAUUUUGAUUUAAACUCUCUUUUUUUUUUUUGGUAUAAUUAUGGCUUUCUCUGAUACACAUGACGUUUUCUUGUUAUUCUACAUUCAUGCUUUUUGCUUUUAUGAGACCUAAUCCUGCUUUGCUUUAA